UUCUGAUUCAUACUAGGAUUGUUUCAGAUUAGUGAUGGUGGAGACUGAAGGUUGCAAUUCUUGUUUGACAGCAAUCGGGGUUCUGCGAGUUUCCCUCGUGGAUGAACUGGAAGGACGAAUUGACUCGCUGCUAGAGGUUUUAGUGAAUCAAGAGUUGUUCACUCGUGAUGAUCGUGAAGAGGUGCUGUGUCAGCCAGGGCCCCGGUCGAGAGUGAGAAAGGUUUUGGAUAUCCUGGGGUGUAAAGGUGAGGAAGCAGCCAAGGUAUUUCUUAACAUUAGCAGUCAUCAGGAAGAGGCACAGAGGCAUUCCAAAGAACUCAAUACUCAACCUCAGUCUGUUGAGUAUAACAAAGUCAAACAAAAGCAUGAAGACGUCCUCAGGCGCCGGAGUGAGAGCAUGCUCUUCUACAACACCCGACAUGGAGAGAAAAACUUUUUUUCCGAACAUUACGUCAAUCUCCUGUUGGUUGACGGACACCAGGGCUUGGAUAUAAAAAGACACGAGGUGCUGACAUUUGGACAAAAGCGACUAUCUAUGCAGCAGAAGUCAGCAGUACAUAGGAAAAUAGCGCCAGCUGAACUCUUUUCAAGUGCAUAUGGAAACCGUCCAGUCAAGAAGGUUCUGGUUACAGGGGUUGCUGGUAUUGGAAAAACCAUCCUGGUGCAGAAGAUGAUGUUCGAUUUUGGUGGGAGAAAGAACCAUCUUGCGUUUGAUUUUAUCAUCCACAUGACCUUCAGAGACCUCAAUCUGAUCGACAAACCAACAAACUUCCGGGAGUUGGUAUUGCGAAAAAACCAGCACCUUGCUAAAGAGCUGGAUAACAUUUUAGCGAACGACGAAAAGCUGCUGAUCAUCUUGGAUGGCUUUGAUGAGUUCAGACACUACAGAAGCUGUAAUGUGGAUGUUUUUGUGACCGAACCAGAUGAAGAUGCGGAGGUGGUGGAGGUCUUAGGGAGUCUGAUUCAGGGUGAACUUCUUCCCAACGCUUCUGUCAUGCUAACAAGUCGACCUGCAGCCUUCAACCACAUACCUGUUGGCUGCGUCGACCGCUUUGUGCUCAUCACUGGCUUCUCCUUGACUGAAGUUCGAGACUUCUUCUUACGCUAUUUCCAAGAUGACGCCUUUGCUGACCGCAUGUUUGCAGUGGUGUCAGCGAAUGAACUCAUGUUAACACUGUGUUACAUACCUGCAUUUUGCUACAUUGUGUGUUGCAUCCUAAAAGAAACCAAAGAUCUCUGUGGAGAAAGCCCCAAGACCAUGACAGACAUUUAUGUGCAGUAUCUGGUGGCCUUGAUUCGCUCUCACACUCAGUCAAGAGCCGAAACAUUUCUUCAAGAGCAAAGUGCAAGGAGCAUAGACCAACUGUCUGACAUAGUGAUAAAGCUGGGUCGACUCGCCUUCCAAAAGCUGAUGGAGCAUCAGACACUAUUCUACAGCAGCGACAAAGAUAUGGCAGCUUUAGAGGGAUGCAGCCUUGUUAGUACCUUUCUUGAUAAGACAGUAGCACAAGAGCCCGGCUAUACUGAAGAGGUGUACUCCUUUGCGCACCUCACUGUUCAAGAGUUCUUUGCAGCAGUCUACUGUGCAGUGACCGAUCACCCUUUACCUGAUGCAAGUCCAGGGGGGAGGACAAACAGAGGAAAUUUUGACCUUUUCAACCGUUUCCUGGCUGGAAUCCUCUCCGAACGCAAUACUAAUCUUCUAUCAAGGCAUUUGGGGCUGUCUUACCACAAAGAAAAAGUGGACACCUAUCGGCAGAGGAUCAUCGGAGAACUUGCAGUGCUCUGUGACAAUGGGGCCCAUAUCCUGAAUCAUUUACACUGCCUAUUUGAGCAGCAGGACCCCUCACUAGCCCUUGCCGUGGAGCCCAAGACACUACGAGUCAACGUUAGCGAUGAAACACUUUCACAAAUGGAUUACAAUGCCAUCAAGUACUUCCUGAACUUCAUGGAGGGCAAAAUAUCUGAGCUGGAUCUGACAGGGACUGGAGUCAGCUGCGAGGCACUUAGGGAUAUCCAGCCCCUACUGCUUAGAUGUGAGAGUCUUUGGCUUGGAGAAAACAACCUGGACAUGGACAGUGUUCAGGUCAUUGCUGAUGUGCUGCAAGUAUCAGACGCUAUAACCCACCUCGGCAUUGGAUGGUCAAACGUUGGCGAUGAUGAACUACUGGUUCUUUCUAGUGCCAUACGGGUAAAAAAAAAACUAAUGGAAUUGUGGAUGGAGGGAAACCGGGUUAGCUGCAGAGGUCUGCAGUCACUCAGCGACUUGACCCCAAACCCUCUGAAAAAAGUUGUCGCUAUCUGGAAUGACCUGACAGACACCGAGCCAGAGUCCGGGUGCAGCCAAGAAAGCAUCACUGUGAACUUCACCGACGACCACAUGUGGGAGGCCUGGGGGCAGUGGGUCUUCAAACGGUGUGAGGUCAGCAGCAACGAGAAGCUGGUGAUGGUUCUGCAUAAAGUGUGCAACAUAUCGGUCCACUACUUAGAGGUCCAGUGGGUGAGGACCUUCUACAAGCAACUAUUGCAGCUCAUCAAGCACAGGAUUGAGUCAUGCACCGAGGAAGACAUGUGCAAGAAGCUCAGAAAGUUUGAGAAUAUUUUGAACCCCUGAAACAGUCUGACUACACUGUCUGUACUCACCUCAAGUUAUAAGAUAAUAAAUACAGAUUAAAUGUCUGUUUGAUGCUGAAUUUUUUGUGGGAAAAUAAGUAAGUAAGCCAUAGCAAUACUGAGUGUCAACCAAAAGUGGCCUGAAUUUGUUUUGUUUUAUCUUGGCCGUAUUCACCAUUUACGACAUGGACCAC